AUGGAUCAGGUUGCGUCGCCCGGCUCGGGGGCGUCGAGCAUACCUAGGAAGGGCGUCCUCGACACCCUGAACGAGCGCCUGUCGACCACGUCUGCCUCCUGGCAGUACAGGAUUCUCGGGAAAACGUUCCUAGGCUUCUGCGUCGGUGGUUGUUUCGGCCUUUCGGAGGCGCUCAAGCAGUACAAACGGCCGCCCAAGCUCAUGCGCCAAGGUUCCUGGGGCGCUGCGUCGGUGGUGUGCUUCUACAACUGCGUGCAGGAGGCCGCGCGGCUGGCGCGCGGGGAGGACACGCCGCUCAACAGCGCCGUGGCGGGAGGCCUGACCGCCUACAUGUACUACCGGGGCGUGGCCGCCGUCCCGCACUUCGCGGUGCAGGCCGGCAUGGUGGCGGCGUGCGCGUGCACCGUCGGUCGCGUCGCCGUCGACAGUUCGGGGAUCCACGACUGGUUUUUGCGCACUCUGGUCGACAUGGAGUACCUCGACCCGCCGCCGGGGUCGGACAAGUUCGAGCCGCUCAUGGAGAAGUGGAAGGCGGACCAGGCGAAGAAAGUAAGCGACCAGCUGAAGCUCAACGCCGCGGUGACCGACUACGAGGCGCGGAGGAAGAACCCGUACAGCUGGCUGAAGGCGCGCCCUGGGUACGACGAGCUCAAGGGCACGGCCAUGGGCGACUGGCUCGGCCUGUACCCGAAGGACGUCGAGGAUGGGGAGGAGGCUGCGGGUGCGACCGACAUCGAGCAGCAGGCGCCGGAGCGGGCGCGGGAGGACACGGUGCCGAGCAGGGGCGGCGGCGGGGGGAAGCGGAGAUCGUGGAGCGUUCUGCGAUGGGUCGGACUGUGA